AUGAGCAGCGAGGGCCAGAAGCAGUUCGCUCGAUUGGCUGAUUCGAAGAAGCCGAUCGUCGCUGCCAUUAUGGGAUCGUGCCUGGGCGGUGGUCUGGAGCUUGCUAUGGCUUGCCACUACCGCAUUGCUGUCAACGACAAGAAGACGCAACUCGGCUUGCCAGAGGUGAUGCUCGGGCUUCUUCCCGGGGCCGGUGGAACCCAGCGCUUGCCUAAGCUCGUCGCGUUGCCGACAGCGCUGGACAUGAUGCUCACCGGGAAAAAGCUGAAGGCGAAGAAAGCCAAGCAAGCGGGCCUUGUUGACUCCGUCGUCGAACCCCUAGGUGAUGGACUGGGACCCGCUUCGGAAAUCACGCACAAGUAUCUUGAAGAGAUCGCUGUCACGGCAGCUAAAAAUCUCAUCAAUGGCUCUUUGAAGAUCGAUCGGACGCGCCCAUUGCUUGAACGUGUUACAAGCGCUGUAACGAACAAUCGGGUGGUACUGGACAAUGUCGUGCUGAAGAUGGCCCGUGAUAAGGUGAUGAAACUGACGAAGGGCAACUAUCCGGCGCCAUUGAAAAUUCUGGAAGUCGUGCGCGAGGGAAUUGUCGGUGGCCCGGCCAAAGGCUAUGCUAUGGAAUCUCAGUAUUUCGGUGAACUGGCAAAGACUACACAAUCAGCCGCCUUGAUCGGUCUCUUCAAUGGAUCGACUGAUUGCAAGAAGAACAAAUAUGGAGAAGGCCGACCUGUCAAGGAGAUUGCCGUGGUCGGUGCUGGCUUGAUGGGGGCUGGAAUUGCCAAUGUCACCAUUGACAAAGGCAUUCGUUCGGUGCUUCUUGAUGUCAACCAGUCGGGCUUGGAGCGCGGCCAGAACCAGAUUCUGACCCAUCUUUCCACGGCUGUCAAGCGGAAGAGGCUGAGCCUUUUGGAAAAGGAGAGGAUCGUCACCAACCUUGAGGCGACCACCGACUACAGCCGGAUGAAGAAUGCUGAUAUUGUCAUCGAAGCCGUCUUUGAAGAUCUUUCCCUGAAGCACAAGGUGGUCAAGCAGAUUGAGUCCAUCGUCCGUCCGGAAUGCAUUGUCGCAACCAACACUUCCGCUCUGCCAAUUGCCGAUAUCGCCAAAGCCAGCGCCCGCCCGGAAAAUGUGGGACUGGACGUCGCAGAGCAUGUUGCUCAUUUCCUCUCGGGCGCCCUCGGAGCGCGAGUGGGCGGCGGAAACCCACAGAUUUACACGGAUCUGGUGGCAGCUGGCAUGAAGGGAAGGAAGUCGAACAAGGGCUUCUACAAUUAUGGGGAUGGCAAGAAGGGCAGCAAGAAGGCGAACGAGGAGGCCCUAAAGAUCAUCAAGAAAUACCGCGUGGCCGCCCCAGCCGACGUCAGCAGCGUUGAGGACCAGCAGAUCAGAGUGCUUUGCCGCUUCAUCAACGAAGCCAUGUACUGCCUUCAAGAGGGUGUGAUUAGCCAACCGUCUGACGGCGACAUCGCUUCGGUGUUUGGCGUUGGCUUCCCGCCCUUCUGGGGUGGCCCCUUCCGCUUCGUCGACCUCUACGGAGCCGAAAAGCUGGUCACCAAAAUGGAUAAGUACUCCCGCGCCUAUAACCGCGAACAGUUUGCGCCGGCUCAGAUUCUCCAGGAUUACGCGAAGUCUGGCAAGAAGUUCUAC